UGUAAAUGAAAAGGGUAAAGCCGAGGGAGUUGACGCUGCCUCGACGCAGGAACGCAAUGUAAUGGUCGCUCUUCUCGCGCAAGUGGCUGUCGCAGCGGAGCUUCUCACAAUCGGGGCCUUAAACUUGUGCAGUCACUGCGACGACAACUGCAACAACAACUACUAUAACUACAACAUCAACGCCGGAAGGAUACGAUUUGCAGGUGUGGACAUUCCGGGUUGAGCGACAUGGCGGAUGGGAGAGAGCAAGCCGCGCCUACUAGUUCCGCGGCCGCUGGUGCAGGGGAUUCGGCUCCGCUUCACAGCGAUGCUCAGCUCGUGGAUUUCCUGUCGUCCUUGUUGGAUUAUACCCCUACGAUUCCGGAUGAGCUUGCUGAGCACUAUUUGAGCCGCAGCGGAUUUCAAUGCCCCGAUAUACGUGUGACAAGACUUGUGUCCAUUGCUGCUCAGAAAUUUGUUGGAGAAAUUGCCAGUGACGCCCUGCAGUAUUGCAAGAUUCGGCAGACAGCCGCAGCUAAGGACAAGAAAGGUCAUGUGCAAGCAAAGGAAAAGCGGUUGGUCUUGAAUACUGAAGAUUUAUCUCAAGCCUUACGUGAGUAUGGAGUUAACUUGCAGCGGCAGGAGUAUUUUGCAGAUUCAAUCGCCGCGGGAACUGCCAAGGAAAAGAUUGGGGAUUGAUGUUGUAGGGUGAUGCGAUGCCCUGCAAACUGUACCAUAAAAGAGGACCGCAGCUACCAACAUCACAUGCGGUAAAAGGAAGUAGAUGAUGUGUCAAGAGGUGUUUCGUAUGAGGUCCCCACUCGUUUGUGGAGAUUAUUUAGCUGAAUAUAUCGUAAAGUCACGAAGUCAACCUUUGUUGUGAAAACAUCUUUCCUGCAUACAUCUUCAAUUUGAAACACACGACAAAUGAUAAUCUACGUAUUUUGAGUUGAA